GGGUAAUUCUAUUAUUAAAAUUUCACUACCAACUCUACUAGUAUGCGUGAGGGUCUAUAUAAUAACUUUGAUCAUUUGAUCAGUUUACAAACAGCUCCCAAGAGGAAAACGACAAUGGAAAAUCUUCUUUCCAUGGAUCUUGCUAAUCCAAGAACAAUCUUAAUUUCCUUAUUAGUUCCUCUCUUCAUCUUCCUCUUCGUGCUAGAUCAGUUGGUCACUCUUCGUCGACGCAAACACAACCUCCCUCCUGGUCCACCAAAACUCCCAUUCAUCGGAAACAUGUACCACCUAAUCAGCCCGGCACCCCACCGCGCUCUCCGCGACUUAGCCUCCAAGUACGGCCCACUCAUGCACCUCAAACUCGGCUUCAUCUCAACAAUCAUAGUCUCUUCUGCUGAAGUAGCCAUGGAUAUCAUGAAAACCCAUGACCUCAUCUUCGCCAAUCGCCCCAAACUUGUAGCUCCCAAAAUUCUAGGCUACAACUAUACUGAUAUUGCAUUCGGUCCUUAUGGCGCUUACUGGAGACAAUUGCGAAAGAUUUGCAUUCUUGAGCUUCUAAGCGCGAAAAGGGUCAAUUCUUUUAGGUUUGUCAGAGAAGAAGAGACAGCCCAGCUUGUUCGUACUAUUGCAUCAACAUCCCCAGAACCGGUGACAUUGGUUGAAAAUCUUUUUGCUUCGAAUCUUGAUAUCGUUACAAGAAUCACUUUUGGUAAGAAACUUGAUGAGCAGCACCGGUUUAGGGAGGCGAUGAAAGAAGGGACAGCGUUGGCUUCGGGGUUUCAGAUAGGGGAUUUCUUUCCUUCUCUGGCGUUUAUCGACCUGAUCUGUGGAAUGAAGAAGAGGUUGGAGAAGACAUUCUUUGAGCUUAAUAGCAUUUUGAGUAGGGCGGUUCAAGAACAUAUUGAUAGACGGAAAGUGGAGAAGCCGGAGCAUGAGGAUCUAGUUGAUGUUCUGCUCCAGAUCAAGGACAAUGGAGGGCUUGAGGUGCCAUUGACAGUUGACAACAUCAAAUCUGUCAUCUUGGACCUAUUUGUAGGAGGGACAGAAAACUCUUCGAAUUCAAUAGAGUGGGCAAUGACAGAGAUGAUAAAGAACCCAAGAGUAAUGGUGAAAGCGCAAGCAGAGGUAAGAGAAGCUGUAGGCGGAAAGGCAACCGUGGAAGAGAGUGACCUCCACAAACUACACUAUAUGAAGAUGGUGGUGAAGGAGACUUUUAGGUUUCAUCCACCAUUGCCAUUUUUGCUACCGCGGGAGUCCAUGGAAAAAUGCGUGAUCAAUGGUUACGACAUCCCAGCAAAGACUCGAACGAUUAUUAAUUACUGGGCAAUUUCUAGGGACCCAAACAGCUGGAAAAAUCCAGAGAAAUUUGAACCGGAAAGGUUUGAAGAUGGUUCGGUGGAUUUCAAGGGACAAAACUUCGAGUUUGUUCCAUUUGGUGCAGGAAGGAGGGUUUGCCCGGGGAUCUCAUUCGGAACAGCGAAUUUGGAACUUGCAUUGGCAGCUUUGCUUUAUCAUUUCGAUUGGAAGCUAGCUGAUGGAAUGAAAGCAGAAGAUUUGGAUGUGAAUGAGACAUUUGGGUUAACCAUGUAUAGGACUUCUUGUCUUCGCUUGGUUCCAACUAUUCGAUUCCCCGUACCCACUUAGCAUAUAUGUAUGUCUAUGUUUGGGUUAAUCAGUGUCCGAAUCAGAUUAUGUGUAUCUCGACCAAUCAUGAGAUCUUAAAAUUAACCACAAUACAAAUCUCGUGCCAAGGUUAUGUUGUUGUUUAAUAUGUAUGUUUGAAUUUUAAUAUGUUGAACUGUAUCUAGUAACUAGUUAUUGGCAAUCACAGUUUCUGUAUCACAUGUUACUUAAAUUCAUACAGUGUGCAUAUCCAUAAUGUUAAAUAUGAUUGGGUACGACUUCAUGUUGUAAUUGAUGAAAAAAUUAUCAAAACAUAGUACGAUUUCAUU